AUGCUCUAUAUUAUCACUGCAUUUUCUCGCUUUGACUGUCAUGACCUACAAUUCUCAAAAAAGCUCACGACGAAAGAUCUCGGAGAAGAACGAAGUUCCGUGCUGGGACUGCUAUCGGCUACUGUAGGACUCAAUAAGCUAGAAGACGAGAAAGGAUCUCGAGUUGCAAUGCGAUUUUGUCCGUUCGACAAUGUGACGGACAGUGACGGCAGUUUGGAGUCGUCGUGCUGCCUUGACUACGAGACUUCCAUCGACAUUUUCUACAGAGGCGUACAGGCCCUUCAUGUCGUCACCGGAGUGCUGGGCAUUUACUUCUCACUUCAUUACAUCGUCAAAUAUUCCUCGAAGCAUUUCUUGCCACAAAACAUAAAGGCAUACCUCUGGAUUACGCUGGGGGCCAUCAUCGUCCAUUCGAUCACACUGACAGCCAUACAUGCUCUUCACCUUGUGCAAUCCUUGCUCGCUGACGAGAACGAUCCCUGUAGUGCACGGAAUACGGUGGCAUUCUGUGCUCCCUUUCGUUACUCGUUCGCCUUUUGCGUGUUCAUACUGGUGCUGAAUCAGUACAUGAUGUACAUUGAUCGACUCCUCGACAACUUCUGCCCAUCGUACAAAUCUGCUCAGAACUGCAUUCUCGCUUCUCUGCUCACAAUAGAGUUUCCUCUGGCCGCGUUUAUCGUUUUGUUCGUCUUUCGUGGUGCAGUCUCUACGGAGGCCCUACUUUCGUGCCUAAACGUGCCUCUGUCGUCAAUGGUCGAUGUCAGUAUCGCAACUGCUGCUAUACUGCCACUAAACUGCAUAUGCCUCGUAAUGUCUGUGCUACUUUUCCAAACACAUCAACGCAAGAUUACGCUGUCCCGAUUUGAUGUCACCAGGCACUUCAAAGCUACUAUGAAUCGAGAUGCGCUGUGGUUUAUGCGGACAACGACCAUCACUCAAGCUGUCAUUAUCGUUCUUUAUCCGAUUCUGGUGCUCACUGUCAGAUUCACUGCUCACCAAACACCAAGAAUCCUGAACAAGACUCUUGCCACCCUUGUCUACAUCUUCAACUGGUAUUGCGUUCUCGUUCCUUUGGUGAUGAUUUACGCGGCGAAGCAGACAAGGACCAAGCGACGACGGAAGAUUGACUCCGUCAUGGAGAAGCAAGUUUUUGGCGAAGAAGGAUCUGAGUACUACUUCGCUUUACUGAAGGAUCAGUGGCAACAGAAAGCUGAUACGAAAUCAUAA